AUGAUUUUAAAUAAAAUUUAUAAUACUAAAGAAUUAAUAAUAAUUUUUAUUAAAGCAGAAUAUUUAGCAUUAAAAUAUAAUAAUUAUUUUAUAAUGCCUAUUCAUUUAAUGUUAAGUUUAUUAUUAACAAAUAAUAUAUGUACUAAAUUAUUAAAUAUAAAUAUAAAUUUAAUAAAUGAAAAAUUAAUUAAAUCUUUAUUAAAUAAAUAUAAAUAUACAAAUAAAAAUAUUACUAAUAUAAUAUUUUCUAAUAAUACAAUUAAUAUAAUAAUAAAAUUAAAUAAAUUUAAUUUUAAAAUAAAUUCUUUUAAUUUAUUAUUAUUAUUAUUAGAUGAAAACAAUAAUGAUAUAAAUUACUUAUUUAAAUAUUUAAAUAUAAAUUUUAAAAAUUUAAAUUAUAAUUUCAUAAAUAAAAAUAUAUUUCCUAAUAUUAUAAAAUACAAAUUAAAUGAAAUAGCUUAUAAUAAUUUAAAUAUAAAAUAUAUAUUUAAUUUAAAUUUUUAUAAAAAACAAUAUUUAAAAUUAUUACAAAUAUUAAAUGUAAAAAUAAAAAAACAUAUUAUAAUAAUAGGUAUAGAAGAAAAUAUAUUAUCAUUUUUACAAAUAUUAAAUAUUAAUAUACAAAAUAAAAUUAUUCCUGUUUAUUUACAAAAUACUGAAAUAUGGGUAUUAAAUGAUAUAUUUAAUUAUGAUAUUCAAUAUUUAAUAUUAAAAAUAUUGAAUUUAUCUAAAUAUUUUUUUAAUAGUAAAUAUAAAUUAAUUUUAAUCAUAAAAAAUAUAGAAUUAUUUUAUAAUGAUGAUAUAAAUAAUAAUAAUGAUAAAUUAUAUUAUUUAAAUUUAUUAUUAAAUAAAAUAAAUAAUUAUAAUAUUCAUAUUAUAAUUAUAAUUAAUAAAAAUAAAUAUAAUUUAUAUUUUAAAUAUAAUUUAAUUUUAGAUAAUUUAUUUUAUAAAAUAAAAAUUAAAGAAUUAUCAAUAUUACAAACUUUUAUAAUAAUUAAAAAUAAUAUUAAUGAAUAUAUAUAUAAAUAUAAUAUAAAUAUUAAUAAUUAUAUAAUAUAUAAAUUAAUAAAUUUAAGUAAAAUAUAUAUAAAAAAUACUAUUUUGCCUAUAACACCUUUAAUAUUAUUAGAAAAUUUAUGUUCAAAAAAAUAUUUAAUAAAUAAUAAAUUUAAUAAUCUAAAUUUUAAUUAUUUAUUUACUAAUAAUUCUACAAUUAAUAAUAUAAAUAAUAAUAAAUUAUCUAUUGAAGAUAUUAAAAAUUCAAUAUCAGAUUAUUUAAAUAUAUCAAAAACUAUAUUAUUUAAAAAUAAUAAAAUAACUAAUUAUAAUUUUAAUCAAUUAAAAAUUCAUUUACAUAAAAAUAUAUAUGGUCAAAAUCAUAUAUUUAAUAAAAUAUUACCUUCAAUUAAACAAAAUUUAAUAGGAUUAAAAACAAAAAAUAAACCUAUUGGUAGUUGGAUUUUAUGUGGACCUAGUGGUACAGGUAAAACAGAACUUGCUAAAAUAUUAGCUAAACAAUUAUUUGGUUCAGAAAAAGAAUUAAUAAGAUUUGAUAUGAGUGAAUAUAUGGAAAAACAUUCAAUUUCAAGAUUAAUUGGUUCACCUCCAGGUUAUAUAGGUUAUUCAGAAGGAGGACAAUUAACAGAACAAGUUUUUAAAAAACCUAAUUCAAUAAUUUUAUUUGAUGAAAUAGAAAAAGCUCAUCCUGAUAUAUAUAAUAUAAUGUUACAAAUAUUAGAUGAAGGAAGAUUAACAGAUACUACAGGUAAAUUAAUAGAUUUUACUAAUACAAUUAUUUUAUUAACUAGUAAUUUAGGAUGUCCUAAAAAUUAUGAUAUUUAUUUUAAAAAUAAAAAUUAUUUAUCAGAAUUAGAUUUAAAAGAAAUUGAAAAAAAUAUUAAAUUAAGUAUUAAUAAAUUUUUUAAACCUGAAUUAUUAAAUAGAUUAACAAAUAUAUUAAUAUUUAACCCUUUAAAUAUAAAUAAUUUAUUAUUAAUAUUUGAUAAAUUUAUUAAAGAAUUGCAAAUAAAAUUAUAUUUAAAUAAAUUAAAUAUUUUAGUACAUAUAAAUAAUAAUAUUAAAUAUAUUAUAACAAAAUUAUCAUAUAAUCCUUUAUAUGGUGCUCGUCCUUUAAAAAGAAUUUUAGAAUUAAUAUUUGAUAAAUCUAUAAGUGAUUUAAUAUUAAUUUAUAAUAAAACUUAUUUUUCAAAGAAUAAAUAUAUUUUAUAUUAUUAUUUAAAUAAAUAUUAUAAUUUAAAUUAUGACAUUUAUUUAUUAUAA